GGGAUGAUGGUGGGUUACGUGGUGCUGGUGUACUUGGUGACGGCCUUCGUUCCCUCGGAGAUGGCGUGCUUGGCCAGCUCUCCGGGCAGGAAGAGGCGGACGGCGGUCUGGAUCUCCCAGGAGGUGAUGAUGAAGUGUUGUAAUGAGCCAGGCGAGAAGCUUUGCUGGCAAUGCUCUCGAUGAUGUCAUUGACAAAGGAGUUCAUAAUGCUCAUGGCCUUGGUCGAGAUGCCGGUGUCGGGGUGGACCCGCUUGAGCACCUUGUACACGCAGAUGGCAUAACUCUCCUUCCUGCUCUUCCACCGCUUCUUGCCGUCCUCCUUCUGGCUCUUGGUCAUGGCAUUCUUGGAGCCCUUCUUGUGUGCAGGUGCGGACUUGGCUGGUUCAGGAAUGUUUUUUUUUUUUUUUUUUUU